UUAUAAGUGAGAAGUUAUGAAGUUAUUGUUCAAAAUGGGCAACCAAUAACUUUACAUUAUCUCAAUCCCUACCCCUCUCUCUCUCUCUCUCUGCUUUGUUCGCAGGCAGUAACUUCCAGUGAGCGGCGGAUGUAUUUGUUUAUUGUAAUUGGUAGAUGCAUUUGAGGUGCAUCUUGUGAGGUCAUCUGAAAGAUGGAUCUUGAGGGCAAAAAAUUUGGGAAGGGCAAUAGAGAAUUUGGAAGUACUCGUGGUCUCAUAAAUCAGAAUAGACUUUGGCCCUACUAUAAAUUCUUCUGCAAGAAGUCACUCCCAGUGUCAAUUUCAGAGACACAUUAUCUUCACAAUGUGGUGGGUGACACAAAAAUCAGGAAGGGAGAAGGAAUGGAACUGGAUCAGCUCUGUAAAAACAUGGACACGAGUGAGAAAAAAACUUGCAUGUGUCCUUUUGACUUGGAUGUACUAAGUGAAGCUUUCCAUAUGAGGGAUAUGAAUCCAGUCCACCUUUCUUCUAAGGGGCUACCAAAUGCAGUGCCCAAAUUAGAGAACCAGUCUAGAGAUCAUGAGAGGAAGAACAAAAAGGUCAAAGAUAAAGGUGAGAAGUAUAGGAAGCAGAAGCAUAGAUUACAUCGAAUAAAUAAUGGAAGUUGUAUAGAGAACAUCCGAAUUAGACCCCAUGAUCCUCAUCCCUUGCAGUUGAAGAACCAACAAGACAAGAAAAGGAGGGCAGAGACAAGCAACAAUGAUCCUUCUGUUUGCAAGCGAUAAGAUACUAGAAUGAGAGCAGAAUUUGAAUUAUUUUUUUCUGGAAAUAUGUGAUCUAAUUCAGAAGCUGACAGUGAACUCAGAUUUGUCACAUUUAACAUUUUCUGUUUUCUUCUACUCUAAAUCUCGUUACAUGUCUUCAUUUUUU